CGGGCAUCCUCCUCAUCCCUCCUCACCCGCCUCGACCAGCCAAAUGCGCUCGGAAAUGCUCCACCCGGCUGACGGAUUCCAGGAACCACCCCGGAGGAAACGGAAUUCGCGCACGGGGUCCCUCGUCCCCUCCCCGGGGCCCCGCCCGUCCCCUGCAUCCGUUCCGUCGUCCCGAGAAAGCACAAACGCAACAGAGCUGAGCGCACAGUGAGGAAAGGCGAGCUUAUAGAUAGAAGAUAGCGAUGCAGGCAGCGCGAGGUGCGCACUCAUCAGAGCUGCUCCGCUCCCCUACUUCCCCCUUGUAGAGUAGCGUAGCGUAGCGUAGCUUGCCCGACGCCGCGACCUCCGGGGGCUUGGCUUUGGGAAAUGGAGCAGCCGCUCACUGCCCCAGUGGCCGUGCACCGCACCAAGUGAAGCUGCUUGCCUCGAGCUUGAGCAGAGCUUCCUCACUCUUCUUCUAGUACCAGCACACACUCACGGUAGCUUCCAGCGACAACAGAGGUCCACGAAGAGGAACAAGAAGCUCUCUGUUGGUGCGUGCUUGCUUGCUGCCAUCCAUGGACGCCUACGAGGCCACCAAGGUGGUGUUCUCGCGGAUCCAGGCGCUGGACCCGGACCACGCCGCCAAGAUCAUGGGCUUCCUCCUCAUCCAGGACCACGGCGAGAAGGAGAUGAUACGCCUCGCCUUCGGCCCCGAGGCGCUGCUCCACACCGUCAUGGCCAAGGCGCGCAAGGACCUCGGCCUGCUCCCGCCACCGGCCCCCGGCUCCGGCCCUGGGACGCCCACCUCCGCUGCUCACUCGCCGUUCCUGCUCUCCCGCCAGAACUCCGGCCGAUGCGGCGCCGGCGCCGGCACCGCGCCGUCGCCGCUCUCGGUGUCGUCGCCCUCGUCGUGGGCGCCGCCGCCCGUGUUCUCCAGGAGCAACAGCGUCAUCAGCAAUGGCGCGGUGGCGGAGGAAGCCUUGACCGCCGCCGUCGGGGACGACCUUAUGAGCCCGGCCGCCGGCGGCAACGCGCCGCCGUCGCCGUUCUUUGCCGCCGGCGACCCGCUCCUCGACGAACUCCAGCUGCAGGAGCAGCUCGCGUUCCUCAACGAUGCUGCUGCCGGCCACCAGCUUCCCCUGUUCGACGCCGCCAGCGAGUGCCGGAGCCCCGGGGCUGGCGACGCCACCGGGUUCUUCCCGUACGGUGGCCUCGGCUGGGCCAACGGCGGCGGCCCAGGGCACCGCCGGAGCUCCUCGGUCAGCGAGCUCUGUCUUGGCGGUGCAGACGGACUCGGCUGGAAGCCCUGCCUGUACUACGCACGCGGCUACUGCAAGAACGGCAGCGCUUGCCGGUUCGUGCACGGCGGCCUCCCCGACGACGCCACCGCUCUCGCCGGCGCUAAGAUGGACACCGCCACCUUGGAGCAGCAGUGCCAGGACAUCCUGCUCCGCUCCAAGUCCCAACGCCUUGCCGCUGCGGCCUUCCCUUACUCCCCGACCGGCUCGCUCCCUGGCUCCCCGUCCGCGGCUACCAAGUGCCUGAGCUUGCUCUUGCAGCAGCAGCAGAACGAAAACCAGAGGGCGGCAGCUGCAGCGGCCGCCGCGGCGCUGAUGCUAGGCGGCGACGACGCGCACAAGUUCUUGGGGCGCCCACGGCUGGACCGCGCCGACUUGGCGAGCAUGAUGAACCCGGGGUCGCGCCAGAUUUACCUCACCUUCCCGGCGGACAGCACCUUCCGCGAGGAGGACGUCUCCAACUACUUCAGUAUCUACGGCCCCGUCCACGACGUGCGCAUCCCGUACCAGCAGAAGCGCAUGUUCGGGUUCGUCACCUUCGUGUACCCGGAGACGGUGAAGCUGAUCCUGGCCAAGGGCAACCCGCACUUCAUCUGCGACGCGCGUGUGCUCGUCAAGCCCUACAAGGAGAAGGGCAAGGUCCCCGACAAGUACAGGAAGCAGCAGCUGCAAGGCGAGCGGGUGGAUUUCUCCAACGGGUUGGACGCCAGAGACCACUUCGAUCUGCACCAGCUCGGUGCGAGGAUGCUGCAGCACUCGCACAGCGCGAACGAGAUGCUGCUGAGGAGGAAGCUGGAGGAGCAGCAGCAGCAGGCAGCCGAGCUGCAGCAGGCCAUGGAGCUCCAGAGCCGCCGCCUCAUGGGUCUGCAGCUGCUGGACCUCAAGACUCGCUCGUCGCCGAGCCCCAUCGGCAUGCCCUUCAGCCCCACGCGAGCUGUCGCCUCUGCCACCGUCGAGUCACCGCCCGAUUCCGGGGAACACGGCCCCAAGGGCAGCAGCGGCUUCUUUCUUCCUCAGAGGGGGGAGAGGCCGGCGGUCAACGGAGGCGAUAAGGAGGAAUCUGCCGGCGAUGCGAGCCCGAACGCAGACGGUGACCAAAGUGCCGAGCACAACCUGCCGGACAGCCCGUUUGCGUCACCGACCAAAAAGUCCGCCGCCGCGGCGUUCUCUCGCGAUCCUUUCGCGCCCAGCGACUCGGAGAUCGCAGCCACAGCAGCUGCCUCGCCCGGUCGUAACGCCACGGCCGCCUCCUUUGCUGGCAUCAACAAUGGCGGCGGCCUCACCGGCCAUCUCAGGCCCUCUGCUCUGGACAUACCUUCGCCAAAGCCCUACUUCUUCCCCAUGUCCAGGCUGUCCUCCGAUCACGGCGCCGGCGCGAUCGGGAUGUAAAGUUUAGCCCUCAAUGGGAGGGAGUAUGAUACUACUGCCUAAUCAUAGAAUACUAGAAGCAAAGAAAGAAGAUAGUGGAAUAUAGGUGAAACAAAAAAGAAUGGAGAAGUCGAAGCAUAGUGUUAGUUCAGUUCCUUUUUCCUUUUCUUUCCUUUCCUUUUUUUUCAUGAAACCAAACCUCAGUAGGAGCAGAUCCACACCAAGCUGAGAAGCAGCUCGCAGUAACAGAUUAGUGCUUGCUCUCCUAUUACAUUACAACAUGCCUUUACCACUAAUUACUACCAUUAGUACUUACUAUUACCACCCACCCAAGCAUUGAUGUAAUACUACCUAGCUAGCUCCAUGUCCAUGAUAUGAUACUACUGCUACAACAGCCACUAGUUCAUAUAACACUCUGAUAGCACUAGGUGUGAUGCUUACCAACCACAAGAAGAUACUACUGCUACCACAUGUAACCCCGGACUCCUACAGCACUGCUCUGCUUGCUGAAUGCAAACAGCCAUUGCAAAGCCAAAACAGACGUGACAGACAGGCUUUGGAGAGGAGGACCAGACCAGCUGGUCCACUGUGUCUGUGUGUAAAAAAGAUCUCACAGGAUUAUAGUAGUAGAGAAACAAACCUGUCCCAGUCCCAGUGUAGGGUGUGUGUGUGUGUGAUUGAAGGAGGACCACUCUAUGUGUUUGUGUGUCUCCACGGCCUGCUGACGCUGAACCGAGCUUGUUGUCAAUAUUGGGAGGAGAGGUGUCAGCGUUGUUGGCUGGGGGUGACGGUCCGGUCCCCCCACUCUUCAGUCCUUCAGCAGAUGCAGAUGCAUAUGCAGCUCACUAGUCACUAGUACUACUUCUCUACAAAAAGAUGUCUUUACUUUUUUUUACCUCUUCUUCUUUUUUUCCCCCUUUGAUUUUACUGUUGCUUCUGUCUGAAUGAAUCUACUGUAGUGCACAGUGUUAUUAUAAUACAAAAGAAAGGAAAUUGAAAGAUAUGGAAAAAAAAA